AUGAGGUACGCAGCGGAAGUCAAAACGAGCAGAAACCGAACGGAAGUAGAGGGUUCCAGCGGAACGGAGAGGGGCCUGCUGGCGGAACGUCUGGCCCGGCCAGAAAACGAAGCGGAAGCGAAAUGCAGUCGGCAACGCGAGCGGAUCCAAGCGCAUUGUCUCAACAACCGGGAAGAGUGUAUGGAGAGCGGAGAAGCGAGCCGGUGGAACGAGAUGCUGACCGCCGGUCCUCGCGAUUCCCUCUUCCGAACGGCCGGAACGUCCCAGCGCCCUCGGUCGCCUUGGCCGGUGGAGCGAGCGGACGCGCGGUCAAGCGCGGACGCGUCCGCGCACUGCCUGCCGAAGCAGGCUAAACCAGGAUACGGCGCGCGCGAGCUGCCGGAGAUUGACAUGCCGGAGCUAGCGGCAUCGCUGGGGUAA